AUGAGCUCCGCGUCCAGUGAGCCUGGAGACAAGGACGCACCCGAGGGGUCCCCGCUGGGGCUGGACGCCGUGAUCCAGAGGCUGCAGGACACGGUGCUGGGCCCCGGGGCGCGCCAAGAGGAUCGGACACUGACUAUGCGCGGGGACAGCUGGAGGACGCCCCCCACCCCCGUGCCCGCCCGCAUCCGCGCCAUCGUGGCCGGCAGCCUGGGCGAGGGCCCGCCUGAAGGUGAGGCCUGGGCCCCGACCACCAUGCACCUGCAGGAGGAGAACCAGCUGCUGAGGGCUGAGCUGGCCCGGCUCGAGGAGCUCCUGGCCCAGGCGGGUGCCGAGCGGGACCAGCUGGCCACCAGAUGCCACGCACUCAGCGAGGGGCUACAGGCCCGCCUGGACACGGCACAGGCCCGGCUGCGGACAUCGGAGCUACGGCACAGCGCUGACCUGGAGGAGGCCCUGGGCCGGCUGGAGGCCUCGGAGCAGAGGGGCUCGGGGCUGUCGCAGGUGAACGCGCUGCUCCGGGGGCAGCUGGAGCACAUGCGGGCGGCCAACGAGGCGCUGGCGCGCGAGCUGGCGGGGGCGGCGGGCAGCGUCCGGCACCUGCGGGCCGAGCUGGAGCGGAGGGAGACCCAGCGCGGGACCGAGCCCCCGCGGCCGCGAGAGGCCCGGCACGCACGCCCCGGGGAGCCCCAGGCCUUCCUGCGGCUGCGGCGGCAGGUGGCCGCGCUCAGGACACACCUGGCGGAGCUGCGAGAGGCCACGGACAGGGGCCUGGCCGACAUGCGGGUGGAUGCGGCGCGCACGGCCGGGCGCCUGCACACGGCCUGCCUGCACCUGGCCUCCUCCCUGCGGCUGGAGGCGCGUGGCCCGCCCUUGGCCCCCGAGGGGCAGCUGCGGCUCCAGGCGGUGCAGGGGCGCUGGGACGCCGAGAAGCUGGCGCUGCAGGCCAGACUCUCCGAGCAGGCCCAGCUGCUGGAGAAGCUCCGGGACGAGGCCGCAAGGACAGAGGGAACCAUCCGCGCCCUCCGUGCCGAGGCCCAGCAGCGGGAGUCGGGGACGCGUGGAGGCGGACAGGAGGACUGCACGGAGGAGGUGGCAGCCCUCCGGCAGGAGCUGAGCAGCGUAGCACAGGUGGCCCAGGAGGAUGCGAAGGGCGGCCCCGGAGGCGAGGAGGGGCAGGCCGGCCUGGGGACCCCACUGGGCAUGGCGUCCCCCCAACAGGCCAUGUCCCCUGCCCGGGCCCACUCCCCAGGGGCCCCAGGCCUCGCGCUGCAGGCCGUGCGGUGGGCCUUGUCCAGACGGCGGCAGCAGGAGCAGGACUUGCGCCUGCAGCUGGAGGCCUCCCAGGUGGAGACGGCCCGUCUGCGGGAGCAGCUGUCUGAGAGCCAGCGUGAGGGGCGGGCGGCACGGAGGCGCCUGCAGGAGGGGGCGCAGGAGCGCGAGGCCCUCCGGGACGCCCUGGCGGUCCAGAGGCAGCAGGCCCAGAGCUGCAGAGCGUCCAGCGACCUGCUGGGGAGGGAGAAGGCGGCCCUGGAGGCCGAGGCGGAGAGGCUGAGGAGGAAGGCGGCGGAGCGGGAGCUGGAGCAGCGCCGGCUGGAGGCCAUGAACGAGGAGCUGCAGCGGCAGGUCCGGCUCGGGGCUGAGCAGCACGAGGCGCUGGCGGAGCAGCGGGCGCAGGACCGGCGGCAGCUGCAGAGCAGCCAAGGGCGCCUGGAGCAGCUGGAAGAGGCGGUCUCGGGUCUCGAGGAGGAACUGGUGUCCACGCGGCUGCAGAGGGACCUUGCGGAGAGUGAGCGUGCUGGCCUGCAGGGCUCCCUGGCCCGGGCUGAGUCCAGCAAGGCUGACCUGGAGCUCCUGGUGUCCCGGCUGAAGUCGGAGGGGGUGGGCCAGAGGGACACCCUCGCCAAGGUGGCCGCGCUGAUGGAGGAGCUGGCCCAGGAUAAGGGCGCCCUGAACCGCCUGGUCCAGCAGCUGGAGCAGGAGCGGGACGGGCUGCAGGAGCAGCAGGCGGUGCUGGAGCGGGAGCGGGCAGAGGCCCGGGAGCAGCUGUCGCGGGCAGAGCAGCAACUGGAGCUGGCGGGCUCCGAGCGGCGGGGUCUGCAGCAGGCGUGCGGGGACUUGGAGGAGCAGCGGCGGCAGCUGGAGGCCCAGGCAGCCCAGCUCCGGCGCGAGAAGGCCAAGCUACAGGGGCAGGUGGGCCAGGUCACACGUGAGAAGCAGGCGCUGGAGGGGCAGCUGGCUCGAAGCCUUCAGGACCAGGGGGCCCAGAUGGACGCGCUGCAGAGGGCACUGCAGGAGAAGGACACUCUGGCCACGGAGCAGGCCCAGCUGCUGGCCGGGCGGGAGGCCCUGGAGCGGCAGGUCCGGCUCGCGGCGGAGGAGGCCGCUGGGCUCAGGGCCGAGAGGGACGCCCUGGAGACCCGGCUCUGGGAGGCCCAGCAGCGGGCGGAGGAGCAGCAGGAGCGGCUGGAGAGAGAGGCCCAGCGUGCGCAGGAGGCCAGCCAGGCCCUGCAAGGUGCCACGGCCCCCGGUGCCUCCCCAGGGGUGUUGGCUUGGGGCGCGGCCCGCCCGGGCCUGACUCCGUCCCUUGCAGCGGAAGCCACGGGGCUGCGGCGGGGCCUGGAGCGGCAGCAGGAGGAGGCGCGGCGAGAGCGGGACGCGGCACUGGCCCUCCGCGAGGACGUCGCCCGGCUGCAGCGGGAGAAGGAGAGCCUGGGCCUGUCUCUGACCGAGGAGAAGGAGCGGGUGGCCAGAACCGCGGCCAGUGGCCAGUCUCUGAAGGAGGCGAUCGAGAGCCUGAGGCGGGAGCGAGACGAGAGCCUCCGCCACCUGGAGGACCAGAGGAAGCAGGCGCUGUCCCUGAAGGACGCGGAGCUGGGGCGGCUGCGGGAGGAGGUGGCCGCGGCCGUGCGGGAGCUGGAGCAGGUGCGGCGGGAGGCCAAGAGCCAGCAGGCCCGGGCCGAGGACUCGCUGACCACCACGGCCAUGGAGCUGCGCACCCUGCAGGCCCAGUUCGAGGAAGCCAUCAAGGCCCACCAGGUGGAGACCGAGACCCUGAGGGCCCAGCUCCGGGAGGUGGCAGCUGAGAGAAGCAGCACGGAGGGAGAGGCCGAGCGGCUGCGGGCCCAGCUGGACGAGGCGCGGGAGGCCCUGGCCAGGCUGCGCCACGAGCUCCGGGGCAGCAGGGAGAGUGGCGAGGUGACCCGGCGCGAGGCCCUGGAGGCCGCCCGGGCGCGCGACCAGGAGGCGCGGGCGCGGGCCCUGCUGCAGCGUGCCAACGUUGAGCUGCAGGCCGCCCUGCGCAGCGCCGAGCAGGACAAGGCCCGGUGCUCCGAGGAGCAGACGGCGCAGAAGGUUCUGGAGCUGGGAGAGGCCCAGCAGGCGGCCCGGGAGGAGGCAGCCGAGCUGCAGGCGGGCCUGCGGCAGGCAGAGCAGGCCCGGAGGGAUGUCCAGCAGGAGCUGCGGCAGCUGCUCGCACAGGUGAAGGUUCUGGAGGGGGAGAGGCAGCAGCAGAGCCAGGAGCUGAGACAGUUGCAGGCGCGGGGGGCUCGGGAAGCCCAGGAGCUGAAGAGGCAGGUGGCCAAGGCCCAGGCUGACCGCGAGGGAGCCAGCAAGGAGGUGCUGAGGCUGCGGCGGGCACUGACCGAGGCGGAGGCCGCCGGGGAGGCCCAGGAGAGGAGGCUGCGGGAGCAGGUGCGGGAGAGCCAGGGUGCGACGCGGGCCCUGCGGGCAGAGCUGCAGGCCGUCUGCGGGAAGCUGCAGCAGGCCACGGGCCGGGCCGACACGCUGCAGGCCCGUCUGGAGCAGGCCGGCGGCCGGGUGCGAGGCCUCCAGGAGGAGCUGGCGGAGGCUCAGGGCACCCGGCGGGAGGCUGAGGAGCAGCUCCGCCGGCUCUGGGGGACGCUGCGGCGUGGCCUGGGGCUGCACGCCCGGAGCCCGUCGUCCUCUCCGGAGCGGCCCCGGUCCCCCGGCAGAGGUCAGUCCCUGUCCCUUUGCUGUCCCUCAGGUGUCCCCGACCCCCGGGUCCCCUCCAGGCCCCGCUCGCCGCCCCAGGGGCCCUGGCCAGAGCCUCGGGACCUGGGGGCGGAGGUGGACGUGGCCGCAGCACGGGACGCCCUGAGAGACGCGGCCCAGCGGCUGCGGGAGGCCCAACGCCAGCGGGAUGACUGGCGCUUCCAGGCUGAGAGGCUGAGCCUGCGACUGAGUGAGGAGGAGAGUGAACGGGCCCAGGCUCAGAGCCGCGUGGGGCAGCUGCAGAAAGCGCUGGUGGAGGCAGAGGAAGGAAGAAGUGGACGCACUCCGCCAGGCCCUCUGCCAGAGUGGGCAGCACAGCCAGCAGACGGAGCGCAGGGACCGGGAGGCAGAGUGGGCACGGCCAGCCCGGCGCCAGGUGGCCGCGCUGAAGGAGCAGCUGGACCAGGAAGUGCGGCGGCGCCGAGCCCACACAGUCCGCACCUCCCGGCCAAGAAGUGAGCCUGCGUCAGGCCCCG